UGCUGUUCCGAUUUUUGAGGAGAAAAUUUAGUAGUUAACCUUAUAAACCUCGACGAAUCCAAACGGAAAGGAAAUUUUGGUGGGAGAGAAUCACGACGGGUUAGAUUUGGAUACGAAUUUCGUUGUUUCCUGAAGGAAAAAGAAGAAAAGCUUCAAUUAAAGCGAAAUCUAACCCGCAGAUAUUCGCUUUUUGUUUAAGGAAUUCUCGCAGUAAUCGCGACAAAAAACAUUUGUUCACGUGAAUUCGAUCGGCAUUGAGCAGAUGAGGAAAAAAGUCCACAUUGUGAGUGUUUACCCGGAAAAGCAAUAAAGAAUCACCCUGUAUAUAUGUACAAAAUCACGAUUCCAAGCGCUCAAAUUCUACCAGUGAAAGAGAGGAAAAAGAAGAAGAGAAGGCGGAAGGAUUGGUCACCGCAGGGUCAGGAAGAUGGUUAAUACGAGUGGCUGCAGUUUAGAAACGGAGAUUUCGAGGUGGAGCUGGGAAGAAAACAAGCGAUUUGAAAAUGGGUUGGUGGAAUUCCCUGAAGGUUUCCCCAAUCGGUGGGAGAAAAUCGCCGCCAGGCUUGGAACGAAAUCGGCGGCGGAAGUUGAGCAACACUAUGCCGUCUUGUUGGAUGACGUGACGGCGAUCGAAGCAGGGUUGAUUGAGUCGCCGGAGUAUGUAGAAAGGGAUGCACCACGGUCGUCGGAACCCCAAAAGUACCCUAAAUCCGAUAAGAAGCCGAUCGGCGUUCAGAGGAAAGCAGGCAGACCGUGGACUGAAGAUGAACAUAGAUUAUUUCUUCUCGGAUUGGAGAAAUAUGGAAAAGGAGACUGGAAAAGCAUUUCAAGAUACGUGGUCCUGACCAGAAAUCCUACACAAGUCGCUAGUCAUGCCCAGAAGCACUUUGAACGUCAAGAAAAGGAGGAACAAAAUAAGAAAAGACGAAGCAUAUUUGAUAGUUCGAUUGCUGAAACCUCUAUGACUAAGUUCGCUAACUGAUUCUCCUUUGAAGUAACUUAGGCUUGAUUGAGAUGAAUUUUAGGACAAGGAAUGUAAAUAUGCUUGUUCUCGUCUGAGGAAUUUUAUGCUGAUUGGUUGGAUUUUUUUCAUCUGAGUCAAUUAGUACUGUGUAAAUAUGUUUUCCUGUGAGGGUUGAAGCUCCCUGUUAUUUCUAAUAAAAAUUUGAAUGCAAUCUUACUCGAAGUGAUGAGCCCUCAUAUUAUACCAGAAUUAUGAGUUACAAUCUAUCCAUAAGGGGUUCAAAUCUUAUAAACCAACGCCAAAUGAUCCUUAAACGUGUAUUCAAUGAAGCAUAUAAAUUCCCCUUCUACAGAUCUAGUUUCUGAGAGGCACAGAAGCAGUGAUCUUGAAUUCACGGUUGACUUGAAUAGUGACCUCAGUCCGGCAGUUCACAGUUCUAGGUUCUAGAAGGCUAAUGGGGAUGAACAAGUUUUACAAUCUGUGUUUGAACUAAUGAUUUGCAGGUUCAAGGAG